AUGGUGGAGAAUGGUUUUGAUGAUGAUAACAACGGAACUUCUAAGAAUUCUGAGAAUAAGGUUGAUCCUGGGAAACCUGCAACUCUUACGUGGCAGAGAAAACUGAACAGUGAGCUGGUGUCCCUCAAACAGUUUCGUCUGACACUUAACGAGAUAGUUCAGCUGGCUCCGAUAGGUGUUCGACUAAUACGUUAUGUCCGUGAAGAAUCUGCAAAAGGACGGGGGGGCUUUUUCAUCCAUCCAUUUGCUAAACGCCAUUUGACAACUAGUCAUGGCGUUCCCCUAGGCGGUAUAGGCUCGGGAAGCAUUGGCAGAAGUUUCCGGGGUGAGUUCCAGCGCUGGCAACUAUCUCCUGGAAGGUGUGAAGAAGCACCUGUUUUGGCAAAUCAGUUUUCUGCUUUUGUAUCUCGUUCCAAUGGCCAUAAGUACUCCAGUGUAUUGUGUCCAAGGACUCCUGAUAUGCUAAUAGAUCCUGCAGCUUCAGGGAUUGGGUCAUGGGACUGGAAUCUGAAGGGUGAUAAGUCUACAUAUCAUGCCUUGUACCCAAGAGCAUGGACGACAUAUGAGGGUGAACCUGAUUCAGAACUUAAAAUAGUUUGUCGUCAGUUUUCUCCCAUCAUUCCUCAUAAUUACAAGGAGAGUAGCUAUCCGGUUGCGAUUUUCACAUUCACGCUCGAUAAUUCGGGGCAAACCGCUGCUGAUGUCUCUCUGCUUUUUACAUGGGCGAACUCUGCGGGAGGUGAUUCUGGAUCUUCUGGACAACACGUAAAUUCCACUGUAACGAAGGAGGACGGUGUACAUUGUGUACUUCUACACCACAGGACAGCAAGCAACUUAUCUCCAUUGACCUUUGCCAUUGCUGCUCAAGAGAGCACGGAUGUCCACAUUUCAGAGUGCCCUUGCUUUGUAAUAACCGGUGACUCCGAAGGUGUAUCUGCAAAGGACAUGUGGGAUGAAAUUAAAGAGCAUGGAUCAUUCGACAACCUUAAGUCUGCUGGAGGCUCUAGGCCUUCAGAACUGGGAUCAUCUAUUGGGGCAGCCAUCGCAGCCACUGUAACAGUUCCACCUAAUCAAGUUCGUACUGUUACUUUCACAUUGGCGUGGGAUUGCCCUGAAGCGAAUUUCUUGGGGGGAAGGACGUAUCACAGACGUUACACAAAGUUUUUUGGUACUCAUGGGAAUGCUGCUGCUAAUAUUGCACAUGAUGCCAUCCUAAAGCAUAGUCAUUGGGAGUCCCAAAUAGAAGACUGGCAAAGACCAAUUCUUGAAGAUAAAUCAUACCCCGAAUGGUACCCUAUUACUCUUUUUAAUGAACUAUAUUAUCUUAAUGCUGGGAGCACAGUGUGGACAGAUGGAUCACCUCCAGUCCAUACUUUAGAAGCCCUUGGGAUUCGGAAGUUCUCACUUGAUAGUACAGGAGACGGUUUGAAGAGCCUUGUCGAAAAAGAAACCAAUGAAAAAAGUGUUACUGCUGCUUCUAUUCUUGAGAGUGUGGCUUCAAAACUACACCAGAUUCAGACUCCACUUGCAUCUAACUCUGCCUUUGGAACCAAUUUGCUGCAAGAGGGAGAAGAGAACAUUGGUCAAUUUCUAUAUCUCGAAGGGCUAGAAUAUCCCAUGUGGAAUACAUACGAUGUUCAUUUCUACUCAUCUUUCGCACUAAUAAUGUUGUUCCCCAAAAUUCAACUGAGUGUCCAGAGGGACUUCGCUGCAGCAAUUCUGAUGCAUGAUCCCACCAAAAUGCCGCUCCUUCAUGAUGGCCAGUGGGCUUCGAGAAAGGCUCUUGGUGCAGUACCUCAUGAUAUUGGGCUCCAUGAUCCAUGGUUUGAAGUAAACGCGUAUUGCCUUUAUGACACGGAUACAUGGAAAGACUUGAACCCCAAGUUCGUGCUCCAGGUUUACAGGGAUGUGGUUGCCACGGGUGACAAGAAGUUUGCACAAGCUGUUUGGCCCUCGGUUUAUAUUGCCAUGGCGUUCAUGGACCAAUAUGAUAAAGAUCGAGAUGGGAUGAUUGAGAAUGACGGGUUCCCUGAUCAGACAUACGAUACUUGGUCGGUGUCUGGUGUUAGUGCUUAUAGUGGUGGGCUGUGGGUUGCAGCACUGCAGGCUGCAUCAGCAUUGGCGCGUGAAGUAGGUGACAAGGGUUCCGAAAAGUAUUUCUGGUUUAAGUUCCAGAAGGCGAAGUCUGUGUAUGAGAAGCUGUGGAAUGGGUCUUACUUCGAUUAUGACAACAGUGGUGGUAGGAAUAGUAAAUCCAUUCAAGCCGAUCAACUAGCCGGGCACUGGUAUGCUCGAGCAUGUGGCCUUGAUCCAGUAGUUGACAAAGACAAGGCACAAAGUGCAUUAGAAACAGUUUACAACUUCAAUGUCAUGAAGGUGAAGGACGGGAAACGUGGGGCUGUGAAUGGAAUGUUGCCUGAUGGAAAAGUUGACAUGUCGACGAUGCAGUCGAGAGAGAUAUGGUCUGGUGUUACGUAUGCGGUUGCUGCAACAAUGAUCCAAGAGGGGAUGGUGGAUAUGGGAUUCCAGACAGCCAGUGGAGUUUAUGAGGCUUCAUGGUCUGAGAGAGGACUCGGUUAUGCGUUUCAAACUCCAGAAGCUUGGAACACCGACGAUCAGUAUCGAUCACUAUGCUACAUGAGGCCAUUGGCCAUUUGGGCAAUGCAGUGGGCACUUACGAGACCGAAACUUAACCCGGUGGAGACGAGAGCACCUGUUAAUAUGCAAGACUUCCCAUUUGCAGAGGAUGCUGGAUUUGCCAAGGUGGCUCGUUUUCUCAAGUUGCCUGACUCGCAUCAACCCAAAAGCCUUUUCCAGACUGUGUAUGAUUAUGCUUCCAAGAAGAUGGGAUACUGA